AUGAAUACAUUUACGGAGAUACCUACUGCUACCAAUAAUCCAUAUAUAUGGGGCAGUGCCCUUCCCAAUGGCACUGUAUUCAUUAUUGUUGGAUCAUUUACAGGCUUCUUGAUCUUUUGUAUUAUAUUAUGGUAUUUUAUAUCUAUAUAUCAAUCCAAAAAGUUGGCCACCAAAAAUUAUGAUUAUUUAUAUUAUAAUGACAAAUAUGGACAUGAUCAUAAUAAUUUAAAUUAUCUGGAUAUAGUUACAUCACCAAUUAUUUCUACAUCAUCUGACCUAAUCUACAAGCAUGAGAAACCAAAUAAUGAUGAAAUAGAGCAGUCAAAAUCAAAAAAACAAGACAAAGAAGACAAAGAAGAUAAUCAAAAGGAUCAAAAAGAAAAGGCUAGCCCAAUUUUAAUUACCACAGACAAUAUGGAGAACAAACAACAACAAAAAAUUAAUAUAUACAAGACUCUCAACAAUGUGAUGACAACAAGGUUAAUUAGUCAAAGAAGAUCAUUGUUUGUAUCUCCAACAAAAGAAGCCAUGAAAAUUGUUGGUAGCUUUAGCACUAAUAAUGAUACUGACAAGCAUCGUAAAACUAUUAAUAAUGACUCACUUAAAAUCAAACCGAUAAACAACAAUAAAAAUAUUACACCUCAUUUUAAAACAUUAUCUUCUUUUCAAGAUGAACCACAUUUAUCGAAGAGAAAAUUUAUAUCAUACAUUAUACCACCAUUAAUUGAUGAUGAUAAUCAAAAGAAACCAUCACAGUUUCUAGAUGAUCUAAUAAAUAAUGAUCUUUAA